AUGGUGUCUAUGGGACGACAGAUGCUGGGCUUUGUCCUGGCCAUCAUCGGCUUCCUGGGGACCAUCAUCGUGUGCGCCCUGCCCAUGUGGAAGGUCACGGCCUUCAUCGGCGCCAACAUCGUGACGGCGCAGGUCAUCUGGGAAGGCCUAUGGAUGAACUGUGUCACGCAGAGCACCGGGCAGAUGCAGUGCAAGAUCUACGACUCCAUGUUGGCUCUGCCUCAGGACCUCCAGGCCGCCAGGUCCCUCAUCGUCAUCGCCAUCAUCGUCUCCGCCUUGGGGGUCCUCCUGGGCAUCGCUGGGGGCAAGUGCACCAACUUCAUUGAGGAGCCAAGCUCCAAAGCCAAGGUGGCCAUCGCUGCUGGGAUUAUCUUCAUCGUUGCCGGGGUUCUGGUCCUCAUCCCAGUGUGCUGGUCGGCCAACACCAUCAUCAGGGAUUUCUACAACCCCCUCAUGACCAACGCUCAGAGGAGAGAGCUGGGGACGAUGACUUCCAUGGGGAUGCAGAUGGCGGGCUGCGCCAUGGGCCUCCUGGGCUGGAUCGGCGUCAUCAUCGUCUGCGGCAUGCCCAUGUGGCGGGUCUCUGCUUUCAUCGGCAGCAACAUAAUAACCGCUCAGACCAUAUGGGAGGGCAUCUGGAUGACCUGCGUGGUGCAGAGCACGGGCCAGAUGCAGUGCAAGAUCUACGACUCCAUGUUGGCGCUGAGCGGAGACCUCCAGGCGGCCCGGGCCCUGGUGGUGGUCUCCAUCGUCGUCGGCAUCCUCGGGAUCUUGGUCGCCUUCGCCGCAGGAAAGUGCACCAACUUCAUUCUGGACCAGAGGGCCAAGGCGAGGGCGUCGGUGGCCGCCGGCGUGCUUCUGAUCAUCAGUGGCGUCCUCUGCCUCAUCGCCGUCUCCUGGACCGCCAGCGUGAUCAUCAGGAACUUCUACAGCCCCUUGCUGGUGGACGGCCAGAAGCGAGAGAUCGGGGCCUCUCUUUACAUCGGCUGGGGCGCCGGGGCCUUGCUGCUGCUGGGGGGGGGGCUGCUGUGUGCCACCUGCCCCCCAAAGGAAGACAACCCCCCGUCGGUGAAGUACCUCCUGAACAAGUCCGGAGGACACAGCAAAGUGGAUUCCUUUGUAUCUUACGCGCCAUCAAAGACGUAUAUUUGA